AUGAAGAUAUUUCUAAGAUCAAAGACACAAUAUGAAAGACCAAACACUGAUGGUAAAACGUUGAUAGAGAUUGAAGUCAACCCUACAGAUCAUAUAGGUCGACUACAUGACACUAAAGGUGCAAAUGCUUCAAAAUACCUAUUCUAUCUACACCACAAACAUCUACCUUCUCUUGGUGCACCAACUACCACAUUUGAACAAAUGGGUAUCGUCGAAGGUGAUAUUAUUGAAGCAACAUCAAACCCAUUAAUGAUGGUAUUUCUAUAUGCAUUGAUGAAUCGGUUAAAGAAUGAAGAAUUGAAAUUCCCUGCUCAUAUUGCAAGUUCAUCGGGUAAUUCGUUGAUUCACGUGAAAAAGAUGAUCAAAGAUCUAUUUGCUCGACCAAUACCCUAUUGUGGAACCGAUCUUGCAAAGGUCAAACAGUACACAAGUAGUCCUAUCAACCUAUUUCACUUUAAGAAUGAUUUGGAAGAGUAUGAACUAUUUGAUCAGAAUCAUAUCGAUCCAAUCGGUCAUUUUGUACUUAGGUGUGCAGAUGCUCUACCUGAAAAGGAAAUGAUCUAUAUUAGACAGGCUAUUGAUCAAAAAAGAGGUGUAAAAUCAAUGCCACCAUCUAGUAGUAGUAGUAGUAGUAGUAGUAGUAGUUCAACUUCUUCAACCACUUCAACCACUACAACCAUGACAACUACAACAACUACAACAAUGACAACUGCAGCUGAUGUUGAUGCCGACGUUGAUGUUGAUGUAGUUGAUAUCGAUGAAAUGUUGACUCAACCAGAUACAGAUACAAAUGCUAUCAUUUCCUAUGAAGCAGUAGAUACAGAUUUUGAUUUCGAUGAUCAUGAACAAGAAAUAGUUUUAAUUGCUAGUCAAGAUAAUCAACCAAUGACGAAUCAAUAUAAUCAAAAUAAUCAAAAUAAUCAAAAUAAUAAUUAUACUAUUCAUCAUUAUAAUCAAAAUACUAAUAACAACAACAAUAACAACAAUAAUAAUAACAAUAAUAAUAAUAACAACAAUUAUAAUAGUAAUAAUAAUCAUAAUAAUAGUCAGAAUAAUCAUGAUCGAGAUCACACAGAGAAUAUAUUGGGAAAAAGAUGUACAAUUGAAAUAAUGUUAAAUAAUGGAAAAGUUGUACAUAGUAAUGAUUAUCAAUUUUAUAAAAGAAUGAAGUUUUUAGAGGAUGAAAACAAUAGAUUUGUGAAAAUGUGGCCUAAUUGCGGAAUACCCAUCAUACCACGUAUGGCAAUGAUUCCAUUCAUAGAGACAAAGAGUGAGUAUUUUUAUAAAGAUACUGAUAUUGUAAAUAAUAAUCAAAAUAAUAAUAAUAAUAAUAAUAAUAAUAAUAAUAACAACAAUAAUGGUGGUCAGAAUAAUAAUAGUCAGAACAAUAAUAACAACAAUAAUAAUAAUGGUCAAAAUAAUAAUAGCAAUAACAAUAACAAUAAUAAUAAUAGCCAAAAUAAUAAUCAAAAUAAUCAAAUUAUCUCUAAUAAUUUUAAUAUUAAUAAUAAUCCAAUGGUAUUAUCACCCAAACAACAUUUAUCAACUUCAACUACUUCAACCUCAUCCUCAUUUUCUCAACCAACUCCAUCAAGCCUAAGUAGUGAUAAUCAUUCAUCACCACCAGGAUCACUAGCUUCAUCUUAUUCUGGAACAACAACAACAACAUCACCAAUUGUAAAUACACCACAAAAAACAAUAUCACUCAAAAUUACACCAAAAUCAACUGUAUCCAAUAAUAAUAAUAAUAAUUCAUCAAAUAUUAAAAUGAAUAAUGGUUCUACUUGUUCUUUAUCAUCUUCAUCAACGAUGGUAACACCAAUGAAAUCAAUGAUAUCUAGUACCAUUGGUACUCCAUCUACAGCAUCAUCUACAUCGGAUCGAUCAUUUAAUUAUACACCACAACCAUCAGAUCCAGACUAUAAACUAUUAUCAAAUUCAGUUAGUCCACCUGGAAAAUUAUUCUCUACCUUUUUAAGUAAUUCCACCAAUAAUAGUCCAACUUCUAGUCAAAAUAUUUUUGAUCCAAAUAAUAAUAAUAAUAAUAAUAAUAAUAGUCAGAAUAAUAGUCAAAAUCAAAAUAAUAGUCAAAUGGAUCCUCCUCCUCUUCCUGCUCCUGCUCCUGUUCCACCUUCAACACCAAUGAAUUCAAAAUUACAAUAUUUAUCAUCUCAAUCAUCAUCAACUCUAUUGAGUACACAGAGUGCACAAAAAGCAAGUAGAAAAUAUAUUCCACAAUUUCAAUCAUCAAUGUUUGCCAAUAUCAUAGCAUUGUAUUUGAAUGGUGAUUCAAUGGCAGAGAAACAAAUGAGUGUUAAAGCACAGUCAUUUACUCCUAUCGAUGUUGUCAAUGGUGAACAAUCCAAAAAGCACAACACUCAUUACUUUAUGCGUAAUCUCAAAGAUAAAAAUAUCAUUGAAGGAAAUGAACACAGUUGGUGGCUAACGUCAGAAGGCUUUGAUUAUGGCAAACAUUGUCUCGAUUUUCACAAUGAUAAACAAAAAUUUGAAGCAAUUAAUAAUAUUCAAUUGAAAUUGGAUCAAUCCAAAGUUGUUGUUGUAAUUGAUCAAAGAGAAGGAAAAUCAAAACAAAUUGAAGCUACAUUAAAAGAAUUUGGAGUAGAUUGUUUAUUAAGAGCUUUACCAACAGGUGAUUAUGCAUUUAUUCAAGCCUCAAAUGACAACUUGUAUUCACAUGAUCUUUCUGAAUGUCUAAUGUAUCCAUACUUGAUUGAAAGAAAGACAUGGCGUGAUUUUGAUCAAAGUGUCAAAGAUAAUCGAUACCUUAAUCAAAAAUCAAAAAUGGUUUCUCUGGAAAUUCUUAAUCGUCGUGGUUUAUAUUAUCUCAUUGAAGGUGAUGAAAAUGUUUAUCGUGAAAAGAAUCCUCCUCCAACUGGUAUUCCAUUGGAAGAUUUAAAAAAAAGAAUGGAUACAAUGAUAUCAAAUGAAAAGUUUAAUUUAAUUACUACUUUAUCAUUAUUGGAUACAUGUAGACAUUUGGCAAUGUUUGCAAAAAUGUUGAGUGAAGAGUGGUCAGAAGCAAGAGGGUUAGUUCACUUUUCAGUGUUGAAAGAAGCAAAGUCUAUCAAGUAUAAUCCACUAUCUGACAAUUCAAAAAUGGAACCAGUAUUGCUACAAGACAAGGAGCCCCAUAUAUUGGUGGAAUGGGAAAAGGAAACUUUUUUCGAGUACAUGAUGAAUGCACAGUACAGACCACAAGCACAACGAGAAAUAUUGCGUACACCAACAGUUAAAAUCGUCAUGCUAAAGGACCAUUGGACCGCAAAGACACAACUCGGUUCUAUCGCCAACAAGAUGCUCAAAGAGUAUCUGCGAUACAAGAUGUGUAGUCAACCUCUCACAACAUACUACAACACGGACGAUCUAAUGAUGAUUGAACAUAUCGACCCACUUUUAUUCGACUAUUAUCGACUACAUCUACAGGUGAUUGGGUGCUGCAAAGUCUUCCCAUCACCAUCGUCUGACUCUCUCCUCAACCUCAAUGCAUACAACGACUCUGAUCAAGGUCUGACAGAGGCAUUUAAGCUUCCAACCACAACAUUUAAAGAUUAUCGUUCAGUCGGUCUAAAAUCUCUAUCUGAUCCCGAAACAAUGAGUUAUUUUGGUAUUAAACAUCAACCUCAAUUACCUCCUCCUCCACCAACACCAUCUCAACAACAACAACCACCAGCAGUACAUUUAAUUCAACCAGCUUCACAAAACACCUCAACUACGACUACAACAACGACUACAAACAAUCAAGUUAUUCCUAAUUUACCACCUCCAACCACUAUUCCUCCUUUACAACCAACCAAUCUCAAUCCCGUUCAUUUUAAUGGUAAUACUAAUGGUAAUAGUAAUGGUACGACGACAACAACAACAACGACUACUGUUUUUGCUCACAACAAUAUACCUCCAUUGUUGGCAAGCAAGUCGCCAGUGCCAAAUGAUGUUUUGACACAAAAUCGAAUUAAUCAAUUAAAUCCAAUUGAUUUGGAAUAA